AAAGAAAGAAUACUUAGUUGUUGAAUAUGCGUGUUCCAAGUGGUACUCUUUAAACGGAAGAUUAUUACCAAAUUAUUACGUUAAUUAAAUCAUUGAUUAAUCACGAAUUUGUAUUUCGAGUCAACGUAAAUAUAUGUAUUUAUGAUAGUGACGUCAAAGAUUGCUUGCCGAUGAUAAUGAUUUUUAAGUGAAGUUCUGAUUUUGUGUAUCUAAAUAGAUAUAUAGUGUUGAAUUGUUUUAUUAUUGAAUUUUGUGUUAGGUAUUUUUUUCAUUGUUUUAUACUUGAAACAUUUCUAACCCAAUUCCUCCCUCUAAUCCAUCAUGUCCGAAUUCGUAUUAGCAGCAUCAGCCGCAAUGGGUGCGUGCAUAUUCACCAAUCCCUUGGAAGUACUCAAAACCAGAAUGCAGUUUCAGGGAGAGUUGCAGGCUAAAGGAAAACACGCAGUCCACUACAGAAACGUCUUCCAUGCCACGUAUAAUAUAGUGAAGAACGAUGGAGUUUUAGCCUUACAGAAGGGAUUAGUACCCGCGCUAUGGGUCCAGCUGUUCCUUAAUGGAAUGAGGUUGGGAGUAUACCAAGUAGCAUCCAACAAUGGCAUUUUGCACGACAAAGACGGUAACCUAAUAUUAUUCAACAGCGCCAUGGUAGCUGGCAUCGGUGGCACAAUGGGACAGAUCAUGAGCAGUCCGAUGUUUCUGAUCAAAACACAUCUUCAGACACAAGCUGUUCAAAACAUCGCAGUAGGAUAUCAACAUAAACACACAGGGACGUGGAGUGCUCUAAGAACAAUUUUCCAAAAGAAUGGAGUACGGGGUAUUUUCCAAGGAGUAACAGCAUCAAUGCCCAGAGGAUUUGUUGGUUCCACUUCGCAACUCCUGGCUUUUGACUAUUCCAAGCAGUACCUGUUACGGUACGACUAUUUCAAAGAUAAGAAAUUGUUAACAGCAUUUAUGAGCAGUAUGGUAGGAGGGGUAGCUAUCAGUUUUGCUAUGACUCCUUUCGAUCUUAUCAUGACAAGGCUAUAUAAUCAACCCACCGAUGCCAAAGGCAAAGGGACGAUGUACAAUAGUUACUUGGACUGCGUGAGGAAAAUUUACAAAACCGAAGGUGUAUCUGCAUUCUACAAAGGUGUCGGACCAAUGUACCUACGAUUAGGACCACACACUGUAUUAUGUUUAGUAUUUUGGGAUGAACUGAACCACCUCUACGCCAAAUUCAAGACUUCAGAACUGAAAAUAAACUAAGGAAGGAUUUAAACCAAAGUCAAGAAUUUAGAACUAUGAGGACACUGAUUUAAUUAAUUUUAAGAUAUGUAAAUAUAAGACAAGCUCAAAACAAUAGGGAAUAGUAUAGUUUUAAUAUUUUAAAAGAGUUUUAUAUUAUGUAUUUCCCUGUCUUCAGUAAUCUUCAGUAUUUUCCAGUCGAAGAACCACAAGGUUGCAACGUGCAGCAUGUUGCUACAGAGAAUUUGCAUACUUUUUACUUUUUUUCGAAUAUUUGACGUAAAAUAAUAUUUUUUGCAAAGCAAUUUAAACUGAUAUGUUAACAUUAUUACGAGUUCCCUUAUAGUAUUUUGCAGGAUUAUAAGCUAUUACUUAUCAUUUAACAAGCAGUAAAUUAAAUCUUUAAAGUUACUUACAGAUACAUCCAUCCAUAUUACCUAAUUUAUAUUAUUUACUGUAUUUUUAUAAAUAAAGAUAUAUUGUUGUUACAA